UUCCGGGCCGGGCGCAGGCGCAGGAGCAGGCGCUGGCUGUCAUGUUGCGCGCUCUGAACCGCCUGGCCGCGCGGCCCGGGGUCCGGCCCCCGACCCCGCUGCUCCUGCCCGUGCGCGGCCGCAAGACCCGCCACGACCCGCCUGCCAAGUCCAAGGUCGGACGCGUGCAGACGCCGCCCGCCGUGGACCCCGCGGAAUUCUUCGUGUUGACCGAGCGCUAUCGACAGUACCGGGAGACCGUGCGCGCUCUCAGGCUGGAGUUCACGUUGGAGGUGCGAAGGAAAUUGCACGAGGCCCGAGCCGGGGUUCUGGCUGAGCGCAAGGCGCAGCAGGCCAUCACGGAGCACCGGGAGCUGAUGGCCUGGAACCGGGAGGAGAACCGGAGGCUGCAGGAGCUACGGAUAGCGAGGUUGCAGCUGGAAGCCCAGGCCCAGGAGCUGCAGCAGGCCGAGGCCCAGGCCCAGAAGGCCCAGGAGGAGCAGGCUUGGGUGCGACUGAAAGAACAAGAAGUGCUCAAACUGCAGGAGGAGGCAAAGAACUUCAUCACUCGGGAGAACCUGGAGGCACGGAUAGAAGAAGCAUUGGACUCUCCGAAGAGUUACAACUGGGCCGUCACCAAAGAAGGGCAGGUGGUCAGGAACUGAGCACAGAGGCUUCUAAGGGCCCAAAUAAGCACAGUGCUUGUCUAGGGUCUGUGUACUGGGGUAGGAAUUGAUGCAUCCCAGGAGGAUGGCUCAGCCGNUUCCAGAGCAACCCCAGUCACUCCAGGCUCAGCACUCACCACCUGACGGGGGAACUCUCAGACAUAGUNCCCUGUUCUGACACCACAGACAAACUCAGGACAGCAUUAAACUCUGGGAAGUUCCUAUCGCACAGAGGAUCGGACUGGACUCUGUCCCCUCUAGAAGCCAAGCUGUCUUGUAAGUCUCUUGGAGUCGUGUGAACCAAAUGUUUCCUGCUUUUAUAAAUAAAGUAUUGGAGUCCA